AUACUGAUUGCACAAAAGGUUCGCUCCAGUAGGUGCAAACUCAGAGAGAUCAUUUGGAAGAGUGAAUAUUAUGACUCGUGUGGCAUAUGGGGUGGAUCCCCUCAAGGUGAAGGCUUACCAGUAUCCAUGACAAAGAAGAAGCCAGUGAAGAUUAUUCCUGCCUGUCGGACGAAGAAAGAAUUGAAGGUGACAACACAACUCGAACUCAUGGAGGGCAGACUUGAUGAAUCUACCACCUACUUGUUGCAGUGGGCCCAACAGAGAGAAGAUUCAAUUCAUCUAUGCUGUCGAAAGCUGAAGAUUCAGGGCAUAACCAAAGACACAGUCAAAGAAAUCGUCAAAACUGUACAUGCACACUGUAUACAGAAGCUGAUUAUAAGUUAUGUCACCUUAAAAGAUUUGGCUUUUCUUAAUCCCUACCUGAGACAGAUGAACAAUCUUCUAUAUCUCACACUAAGUCAUAUCACAGACAUGCUGCAUGUGAAUGAGUUGCAUAUUUCUCUACUUUCUGCAUUCCACUGUCUCCGGAGACUCUGUAUAAAUUUUGUCUCCUUUAUGUUUGACAAUCUGAAAGAAUUCCUCAGGUUCCUGAAGAAACCCUUGGAGUCACUUAGCAUCACUAACUGUAACCUCUCACAGUCAGACAUGGAUUGCCUGCCCAACUGCGUAAAUAUUUUUGAGCUCAAAUCUCUAAAACUAGCUAAAAUUAAUUUUCCUUAUUUACUUAUUGAGCCUCUUGGGUAUUUCCUUGAGAUAGUUAGACAUACCCUGAAAUACCUGGAAUUACAGUCGUGUGGUAUACAGGACUUUCAGUUCAGUACAGUGCUGCCUGCCCUAAGCCAAUGUUCCAACCUCAGACUUGUCAGAUUCUAUGAUAACAAGUUUUCUUUGCUUUUCCUGAAAGAACUUCUACGCCACACAGCCCAGCUGAGCCAACUGCAAGGGGAGGCAUACCCUGCCCCUCUGGAGUGCUAUGACAGGGGUAUAAUCCUCCCACACAGAUUAGAAGAUUUUUGUCCUGAGCUCCUGGAUAUACUCAGGGUCAACAGAGAGCCUAAGAAGGUCACCUUUGAAACAAUCCAAUGCUCUAAGUGUGGUGGUUACUAUGUUUAUAAUCUGGAGACCCAAAGUUGCCUUUUUAAAAAGUAA